GCUCAGCCUGUCCGGGCAGAAGCUGGGGCCCCGCGGAGGUAGCAGCAGCCGCCUGCAGAUUCCGAGACCCUGCCUGACACACCCACCUUCCCGCCUGGGCUCUACUUACCCUCAGCUACCAGGCACGAUGAAGCCCAAACUGAUGUACCAGGAGCUGAAGGUGCCUGCUGAAGAGCCCGCCACGGAGCUGCCCAUGAAUGAGAUUGAGGCAUGGAAGGCAGCGGAGAAGAAAGCCCGCUGGGUCCUGCUGGUCCUCAUCCUGGCUGUGGUGGGCUUCGGUGCGCUGAUGACUCAGCUGUUUCUAUGGGAAUAUGGGGACUUGCAUCUCUUUGGACCCAAUCAACGCCCAGCCCCUUGCUAUGACCCCUGCGAAGCAGUGCUGGUGGAGAGCAUUCCUGAGGGCCUGGACUUCCCCAAUGCCACCAUGAGCAACCCCUCCACUAGCCAGGCCUGGCUGGGCCUGCUGGCUGGGGCUCACAGCACCCUGGACAUCGCCUCCUUCUACUGGACGCUCACCAACAAUGACACCCACACACAGGAGCCCUCUGCCCAGCAGGGCGAGGAGGUGCUACGGCAGCUACAGGCCCUGGCACCUCGAGGUGUGAAAGUCCGCAUCGCCGUGAGCAAGCCCAAUGGGCCCCAACCACAGGCUGACCUGCAGGCCCUGCUGCAGAGCGGUGCCCAGGUCCGCAUGGUAGACAUGCAGAAGCUGACCCAUGGAGUCCUGCACACCAAGUUCUGGGUGGUGGACCAGACCCACUUCUACCUGGGCAGUGCAAACAUGGACUGGCGCUCACUGACACAGGUCAAAGAGCUGGGCGUGGUCAUGUACAACUGUAGCUGCCUGGCUCGAGACCUCACCAAGAUCUUCGAGGCCUACUGGUUCCUGGGCCAGGCAGGCAGCUCCAUUCCGUCAACCUGGCCCCGGCCUUACGACACCCGCUACAAUCAAGAGACACCGAUGGAGAUCUGCCUCAAUGGGACCCCUGCUCUGGCCUACCUGGCGAGUGCACCCCCACCUUUGUGUCCGAGUGGCCGCACCCCAGACCUGAAGGCUCUGCUCAGUGUGGUGGACAAUGCUCACAGCUUCAUCUACAUCGCGGUCAUGAACUACCUGCCUACCAUGGAGUUCUCCCGCCCGCGCAAAUUCUGGCCCGACAUUGACGACAGGCUACGGCGAGCCACCUAUGAGCGGGGUGUCAAGGUGCGUCUGCUCAUCAGUUGCUGGGGACACUCUGAGCCAUCCAUGCGAUCCUUCCUGCUGUCCCUGGCUGCCCUGAGGGACAACCACACCCACUCUGACAUCCAGGUGAAACUCUUCGUGGUCCCCGCGGAUGAGACCCAGGCCCGAAUUCCCUAUGCGCGUGUCAACCACAAUAAGUACAUGGUGACUGAACGUGCCACCUACAUUGGAACCUCCAACUGGUCUGGCAGCUACUUCACGGAGACCGCAGGCACCUCUCUGCUGGUGACUCAGAACGGGCGCGGUGGCCUGCGCAGUCAGCUGGAGGCUGUUUUCCUGAGGGACUGGGACUCCCCGUACAGCCAUGACCUGGACACCUCAGCUGACAGCGUGGGCAAUGCCUGUCGGUUGCUCUGAGGCCUGGUCCAGUGGACAGGCUGAGGCCUUCAAGGCCCCCAUGGACCCAGAUGCUCUGGGUCCUGGUCCCUGUCUCCAUGCCCCUGCUUUUGUCUGCCCCUUUGUGGCUCCACGGGCUCUCCCCUGCGCUCCCGCCGCUACCUCCACCCUCACCGGCCUGACGCUAUGGCCCCAGGACCUAGCAGAGCUUGGGGAGGGAUCAGCCCCCAAAGAAGUGGGGGGUGCAUGCUGGGCCCAAACCCCUGGCCCACCCCCCUCUCCAGGGCAAAGAGGGCCCAAAAUUAUAAUAAGUAAAUAAUUGUCUGUACAGCCUGUGCCUGACUGAGUGGUGUGGGAUGGGGUGUCAGGUAAGGGAUAGCUGGCAUGGACCUCAGGAGGGGAUAGCUUAGUGUGCUAAGCCCUCAGCUUGUGACCUGUGUGGUUUGCCACACGCUGGGCAUGCAGUGUCAGGCUGGCACAGACUGAGCACGGACGUAGCCAGCAUGGGAUGGCG